AUGAGCUUGGAGUGCUGGUGCGUGAUGUUGAUUGACAUUCAUUGUUCUUUGUUUCCACAGGCCACCGGAGGCCGGAGGAGCCCUGGGGAGAGGAAGUUCAGCUGCCUCUCCUUUCAGCAGCCCUAUGCAGGUUUUGUCUUAAAUGGGGUCAAGACCCUGGAGACACGUUGGCGUCCCCUGCUGAGCAGCCACCGCAACUGUACCAUCGCCAUUCACAUUGCUCACAGGGACUGGGAAGAUGCCGCCUGGAGCGAGCUGCUGGUGGAGAGGCUGUGGCGGACCCCUGCUCAGAUUCAGGCCUUACUCUGGGAAGAGGAAAAGUAUGGCUGUGGAGUGAUAGCUGGGCUCAUUGACAUUGGGGAAACUUUGCAGUGCCCAGAGGACUUAGCUCCUGAUGAGGUUGUGGAACUGGAAAGUCAAGCUGUACUGACCAACCUGAAGCAGAAGUUCCUGACUGUGCUUUCAAACCCCAGGUGGUUGGAGCCCAUACCCAGGAAAGGCGGAAGGGAUAUCUUCCAGGUAGACAUCCCAGAGCACCUGAUCCCCUUGGGGCAGGAGGCCUGAUGAACGUGGGCUCCUCAGAGAGGGGUUACUGAGAAACCAGCUAAAUCAUGACCUAUCAACUUGCCGUCAUACCGCGGACGUGUAAAUCGGGUUCAAUAUGGAUUGGCACCGCAGUGGAGGGUGCUACCCACCAUGUGCUGUGCAUGUAAACAGAUUUCUCCACUCGGAUGCAGGGACGGGUAAGUGGGACUUUGCUUGCAAGAUGCCUCUCUGGGCUCAGGGACAAUCUCAAGGACUUUGACCUUUAGGAAAAAUGGAAAGCUGCCAAUAUAUGUCUUGGCAUUGCCACUAAUUUGGGUCCAGCUGAUUUCUGGAUUCCAUGAAGAAAUAUGUUUUAAGAGAACUCUUUAGUGUUCUCCUCUCUCUUUGUUCUGGUCAAACUCAUAGAAUGUUUGAAAAACAUCCAGGGGACAUUGUGUGAAGGCUGGGAGUGGGUGCUGAAUGAUCGCUUGAGAGUGACCAGCCCUGGAUGGCCUCAUUCCUGAUGAAGAGGACAUCAGACUUGGACCCAGAGCAGCUGUGUGUCCUUGCAAAUGACUGUUGCUCUGUU